AUGCCCUCGUGGCUUCUCAGAAUGCUAGAGAAAGGCCCAGCAGCGACAAAAUUGAACACCAUUACGACAGAUGGCAAGCUUUUCAAGUGUGAAGUCAUCGAGAAUCAAACAGCGAACGUUAUUCCUGCUCUUUCACAAUUAUGCGAGCAGGAUAAAUCUGUACAGCGUGCUUUCUUUUGUAGCGCCGCCGUUCACCAUGUAACCAAAAUGCCUAGGGAAGGGGGUUUCUGCGGAUACAGGAAUAUUCAAAUGCUUAUAUCGUAUAUAAGACAAAGUCAAAGCCUGGGAUACGAACACUUUCCUAGUUUGCCCUCGAUAUUUCAAUUACAAGACAUGAUUGAGCGUGCCUGGGAUAUGGGAUUCAACAGUGAGGGAAGGCAGGAAACUGGAGGUAUCAAAGGUACCAGGAAAUAUAUCGGUACCUCUGAGGCUCAAGCCCUGCUUUUAAGCCUCGAUAUACAGUGCAAAGCAACCAGCAUCAGUAAAACGAACGAAAUGACCGCUUACAACAACUUGCUCUCUCACAUCGCUGCGUAUUUUAGAAGUGCUUGUCCCUUAGAUACAGACAAAAAGGUCAUCUUAACGAGCCUACCGCCCAUCUAUUUCCAACACCAAGGCCAUUCUCUUACCAUCGUUGGCUUUGAGAUUCGCGACGAUGGAAGCGCUAAUCUCCUAGUCUUCGACCCGUUCAACAAGGCACCAUCUGCAGUUCUAAAUACCGCUGGAGCAAAACCAAAGCAUACUGAACCCGCUCGACUACUGAAAGCGUACAGACGAGACGUAAAUUACCUACAGAAGCACAAGACCUUUGAACUUCUCCAGUAA